UCCAAAUAAGAGAAAAGGGUUGGAGGAGAAGAGAAGAGAAGAGAAGAUAAGGGAUAAAAAAAGCAGCAUGAAUGAAUGAGAUAAGAAGCAAGGAAGCAACGUAACCAACGAAGCACAGUGACAUGAUGGCUCUUUGUUCCUCACUCUCACUUUCAUCUCUUCCUCCAUUCUCCAACCUCACUUCUUCUAAGUCCUCAUCUCCCAACUUGCAAGCCAUCUUCACAAAGAGCUCUUCAAGAAGAAGAAGAACAACAUUCUUGUUGAAUGCCGGUUUUGCUGAGAUUGAACCUGACCUCAAUGAAGACCCUAUAGACCAAUUCCGCACUAAUGGCAUCAGCUCUGAAGAGUUCCAAUAUGGAAUCUAUGAUGACCACCACACUUUCUAUGAGGGAGAAGCAGAACUCAAAGGAGUAUUUUGGAGUGCCAUUGCUGAAGAGAUUGCAGCAGCAGAACCCCCCACAGGAUUCCAAGGGCUUAUUUCAUGGCUGUUCCCACCAGCUAUUGCUGCCGGAGUCUUCUUCAAUGUUCCGGGGGAGUACUUAUACAUAGGAGCAGGUAUAUUUACAAUCAUAUUUUGCAUAAUCGAGAUGGAUAAGCCGGAUAAGCCUCACCACUUUGAACCUCAGAUAUAUAAUAUGGAGAGGGGAGCUAGAGAUAAGUUGAUCAAUGACUAUAACACCAUGGACAUUUGGGACUUCAAUGAGAAAUAUGGAGAUCUUUGGGAUUUUACUAUCAAACAGGAUGAUACAGGAAGAUAGAGAUAACAGAUAAUCAUUCUAUAAUAUUGAGGGUGAGGCUUGGCAACCCUUUUAAUUUUGUUCUUCUCUCUUCACUAUUUUAUUUAAUCAAUAGGUUUGAUUAUGUAUAUAUAUUCCUUAUUUUUAUCUUAUAAAAAAUUUCGGAAAGAUCACUUUGGGUCUUAUACAUUGUAAUUUGUAAAUAAUGCUUUUAAUAUGGGAUAAAUUUUUAUAGUGGCCUCUGGAUUCA